GCGCGGCACCACUGCGUCGCACCUAAUAACAGCAGAAAGUGUGUUUUAACACAACGCCUGGAUGCUAGAGCAAAGUUUCAUGCUGGAUCUUACCCUACGUAUCUUCGGCCACCUCCGCAUACAGCACUACUGCGGUCCACCUCGUGUGCCUCUACGCCGAGCCGUGUUGUUAUUUUGCUUGCCGUGCUUUUGACCCUAGUGGGCGAGUCCAUUACGGUUGUGACGGGGGUGGGCACGUUAUCAGGUGGAAUGCGGAAAGAUCUUCUCAGGUUGCGAUUACGAUUUAGAGCAUAGGAAAUCAAUUUUUACCCUCUGAAGAUAAAUAAAUUUCAUGCCCCGAUCGAAUAUUAGAAGUGUUUUUUUUGUGUGUGUGGUUUUUAUAUUGCUACUCUCUAGCGUCAGAGAUAUAUACAUAACGGAACUUGCUGUGUAAAGAGAGUUCUGAGAAAUAUUGGAAGAUACUGUUUUGUUUUGAGUGCAGUUUUUAUACUCCGUGAAAACCUGGUUGAGGUUAUGUUGUAACAGUGUGUAAUGAAUGGUAUUGUGCGUUAUUAUGACCCACCCGGGCAACAUAGAUGGAAAUAACCUUUGAGAAGGGGUUCUGACCGUCCGGAAUUUUGUUGUACAGCGUUAUUCGUCAUAAAUGUGUAGUACACCAUUUCUGAUGAGGAUUCAGGCAAACUGAUACGGGGUGCGUUGUGGUGUUGGUGUUAUCGGUAGCUGCUGUGUUGUUUUUCCGUGUUGACUGCGUGACUGGUGCCGUCAAUUCUGGAGCCCUCGCAGCAACUAGAGACGGCGACGGCUCCCCAUGGUUCCUCAAUGGUGCUCGUGAGUGCGGCCUCACCAGUGUCGGCCGCUAUGGACAGCUCGGUGGUGGUGCAAGCUAAGCGCCCCGACUCCUGGGAGACGCAGCAGAUGCUCAUGUUGGUGCAUAAGAAUAAGUCGAAAGCGGCGGGGUCGUCGUCAGGCGGCGACCCGGCGGCCGUGGGGAGCGCGGGCGGCGGCGGCGCGGGCGGCGGCCGGCGCGGCGUGGGCGGCGGCGGCGCGACGAGGGACCCCGGGGGCGGCGGCGGCGGGGGCGGCAGCGGCGGCCCGCUGUACGGCCGCCUCGUGGCCGAGGACUCGCUCGCCGCCGCCGACAUCCAGGCCAUGCAGGCCUGCAUCCCGCGCUACUUCCGCGACCCCGCGCACGCGCCGCUGCGCAAGCUCUCCGUCGACCUCAUCAAGACCUACAAGCACAUCAACGAGGUGUACUACGCGAAGAAGAAACGACGGGCGCAGCAGACGCAGGGCGAUGACUCUUCGCACAAGAAGGAGCGCAAGCUGUACAACGACGGCUAUGAUGACGACAACCACGAUUACAUCAUCAAGAAUGGCGAGAAGUUCCUCGACCGCUAUGAGAUUGACUCUCUCAUUGGCAAGGGCUCAUUCGGACAGGUUGUCAAAGCGUAUGACCAUGAGGAGCAGUGUCAAGUCGCCAUUAAAAUUAUUAAAAAUAAGAAGCCUUUCCUCAAUCAGGCACAGAUCGAGGUAAAGCUGCUGGAAAUGAUGAACAAAGCAGAUGCAGACAACAAGUAUUAUAUAGUGAAACUGAAGAGGCACUUCAUGUGGCGCAACCACCUGUGCCUGGUGUUCGAGCUGCUGUCGUACAACCUAUACGACCUGCUACGGAACACAAACUUCCGCGGUGUGUCACUCAACCUGACGCGCAAGUUUGCGCAGCAGCUGUGCACGGCACUGCUUUUCCUGUCAACUCCGGAGCUCAACAUCAUCCACUGUGACCUCAAGCCGGAGAACAUCCUCCUGUGCAACCCCAAGAGGUCCGCCAUCAAGAUCGUGGACUUCGGCAGCUCGUGCCAGCUGGGCCAGAGGAUAUACCAGUACAUCCAGUCUCGGUUCUACCGGUCGCCCGAGGUGCUCCUAGGAAUCCCAUAUGACCUCGCCAUUGACAUGUGGAGCCUCGGUUGCAUUCUGGUCGAGAUGCACACUGGCGAGCCACUCUUCAGUGGAGCCAACGAGGUGGAUCAAAUGAACAAAAUCGUCGAAGUCCUGGGAAUGCCACCAAAACACCUCCUCGACCAGGCGCACAAAGCGCGCAAGUAUUUUGACAAACUGCCGGGCGACGGGAGCUACGUGCUGCGUAGGCCGAAGGAUGGCCGCAAGUACCGGCCGCCGGGUUCACGCCGGCUACACGACGUGCUCGGCGUGGAGAACGGCGGGCCUGGGGGUCGGAGGCUCGGCGAGCCGGGCCACUCUGUCAGUGACUACCUCAAGUUCAAGGAUCUCAUCCUCCGUAUGCUGGACUUCGACCCGAAGACAAGAGUGACGCCGUACUACGCCCUGCAGCACAACUUCUUCAAGAGGACAGCUGACGAGGGCACCAACACGGGCGGCAGUGGGUCGGCGCCCAACACCGCAGGCGCGAGCAGCUCGGCGGUGUUCGUGCCGCCCCUAGCGGGGCCCCCCGACCCCCACAGGCCCGCCCCGAGUCCUGGCAGCGGAGGCGGUCCGCAGCAAGGUGUCCGGGCGCGGUCAGACCCGGUGGCGUGUACAGGAGUGGGCGCACCGCCGGGACACCCUCACGUAGUCGCAGCGUGCCCUCCCACGCUGCAGCCGCCCCCGGCGCCCCUCCACCAGCAGCAGCAGCAGCAGCAAGUUCUGCCGAUGGAGUGUGACGGUCCUCCGAUCUCGGGACCCCCCGCGGCGUCGGCGCUGCGCCACUACCAUCCCCGCCACCGUCGAGGCCCGCCGCCGCCUCCUUAUGCGCCCGGCGAGCCGCUGCAAGUCGUGCAGCAGCCGCAGCCGCAGCAGCAGCAGGUGGCGGUGGCCUACCACCACCGGGGUGGCGGGUACGGCGCAGGCGCCGCGGCACCGGUGUCGGCGUACCACCGCGGGUUCGUCCCGGCAGCUCUGCCCCCUCCGCCCGUCGCGCCCGUCCCGGGACCCGCCGCAGACGACGCGCCGGACCGGGACGACAGCCCGAUGGUUGGCGUGUGCGUCCGGCAGAGCCCGGUCGCCAGCCAUUAACGGCUACUGCUUCUUAGUGCUCGGCCGCCUGCCGCUGCGGCGUAUAUAUUUUUUUUACCGUAGGAAAGAAAAACGGAACUGUAGUUUCCGGAGGACGCGUGCGCCCCGACUGUGGCGUGGGGGAAGGGGAGGGUGGACGAGUCGCUGUGGACUGUGCUCUCCGCCACUCUGUGACUGCAAAAUCGCCUCCCCCUUUUAUUUCCCCGACUUUUGUCCUUUAGGGAAGAAAUUUGCAGCACUGUGGUGACCCCGUAUCAUUUUCCCGGCCCACGUCUCGCGUCUGUCUCCCCUUCCGCAUCCUCGCCCUCGAAAGUCUGUGGACGUGCUUUCCUCGGUGUCGUCCUUCCUCGAUGUCCCCCCUCCCUCCACCUCGCCUCUCCUCCUCCGACCGCUUAGCCUCGUCUCGGAAGUGGCUGACCGGCACCCCGUGGGUUGUGGGUGUCACUUCCUCGGGUUUUAUUUCUCCCGCUUUGCUUCCCGUCUCGGAGGGACGGCUGUGGCUCUUCACUUUUACUCGUUCCAUCCCAGAUCGACACCCGCACACUGUGCACUCACGAAUGGCCCGUUUCUGUGCUUGUGGUAAAAUUAUUGCAGGAGACUUGUAGGAGGAUGUGUAGAAGAGGAAAAUAUUAAUACAGCUUAUAAAAUGCCUCAUUACCUUCAGUGUAGGAAUAAUAAGUCAGGAAAAUGUCAAAGAAAGAAACUGUUACCCUUAUGUACUUGACAAAGGCUUUUAUAAACAAAUCAAACUACACACGCUUUAAUUUAUUCCUCGUUUUAAGUGAAGUAUAUUUAAACUUGCUCAGAAGCUUGAAGAAUAUAAUAGGUGUGUUCUGUUGUCUCUGUAGCUUGUGAAACUGGGAAGUGCAUUUGUGAUUUUUUUUGAGUGCCGCUGUACAGUUUAUUAACAGUUUUGUUAUUUAUACUUUGCUGUUGUACUGUUUAUGUCCUAUGCUCUACCUGCCCAUUUCCCAUUUUCCUCUCCAGUCUGCUUCUGGAAAACUCAGUUAAAAGCACAACAGGCAACUACAUUUACGAGGUCCUCACCGGCGAAUUGUUGAGGUAGUCGAUUUCUCAAUUUAGUGCUUUUGUUAAGUACUGUACACAUUUUUUGGAUAAUUGCCACUGUCAACAAAGCGACUGAAUCUCCUUGUCAGAACAGAAAUGAAAUCGCACGUAUGGAACAUUUCUCGACAAGGAACGAACGCGUUUGGAUGUGAUUGAAUGCUGGACUCUGUUCACUGUAUCUCAAAGCUGUCGCGACAUUUUUAACGUCAUGUCGUCUUCCAAAUCACUGUUUCCACACCCUGCAGAUCCAGAUCCAGGUUUCUUGUUCAUGUAUACUUAAGAAAAUUUACAGGCUCAGUGCUUUUGAAUUUUGACAUUUGUGUUUAGAGUGCCAUGAUAUGCAUUUGCAUGUUGGAAAUAAAGACAGAUUUAAGAGUUACUUUCAGUAUUACCUGUUUCACAGUACAGUUCUGUUUCAAUAUUCCUAAGCUUUUUGUGACUACCUAUCCAAUAAAUGUAUUUUACUCGGCCGGUGUCAUACUGUUGGCAGUUGUUAAAAGGACAUGUAUUUCGAGUCAUCUGUCUCUGUUGUUGUGUACUGUGUUCAUAGUGAUGAAAAGUUUGCUGAAGCAUGGCAGACAUGAUAAAAAAGAAAAAUUGUCCAGAACAAUUAAUUAAGCAAGCAAUUGUGGGCAACAAAAUUAUUAAUGUGGGCAGACUGACCACUAUUGUAUGUGAAAUAGUGAACUGCUAUACAUCAGGAAACUGCAAGACAUAAGAAAUUGUGUUUCUCUAACAGAUAUUUUCCUGUCAUCUUUGGUUACCUUUGUAAUCUGUUGUAAAUGAACAUACAAUAUUGCCAAUGGAUACAAGGCUUUCACGUUCAAAAUAGGAAAAAGAAAUCCCAACUCAGUCCUAGCUCUUUCAGUUAGAACUGCACUGGUAGGCUGCAAACACAUUUGGAAUAUACUUUUAUGUUCUUAUCCUUGUUCAAAGUAAUAAAGUCAGAUGUUUUCUUAUAUUUUCAUAACAAUAUUUUCAAUAGCUGCAAAAGAUGCCUCUAUACUCCUACUGGCAGGAAGUAGUAAGUUUAUGAAAUGUUUAUGCUCGGAGGAGGUCCUUUCUCUAACUCCCUCUUACCAGAGGCAGAGAUUGCAAAUGACCAGUGGGAUUUCUUCACCAGAGUAAACUAUCCUUGAUACAUGAAAUAGGAUCAAUUUUGACUAUACCUAGUACUUGUGUAAGAUUUAUAAACAUUGUAUUCUGAUCACACAUUUACGGAUCAUUAGAGUAACAGUAAAUUCAGUGAAUCUGUAAUAUGGCUAUACAUUCACAACAAGUUUAAAAUUAGAAAGCUGUUGUAAUGGUACCAGUUAUGCAAAGUUAAACUUCGUCCGUGCUGGAUAGGUGUGUGAGGCUGUAAGGGGGUACUCUCCAUGAGCUAGUAAAAACCUUCAGAAUGGUAGCCUCUAAGUUGGUAGCUUCACACUUUUACCAGUAUAGGUGAACAGAAUACAAAUGGCAGCAUGGUGUUCCCUUCAUUCCACAAAAUGACAAAUGAUAGGCAAAUUUUAUGGUGGAUGGUCAAGUGUGUCUUUCGUAACAAUUGAGAACUUCCUAUGUACAUCUAAUACAGAAAACCAGAAGUGGUAUAAGGAGAUGUAUGUAAUUGCAGGCAUAUCAGCUGUGAGAGCUGCUAGUGAUUGUGUUUCAGAGCUGUGCGGAACAUCUGCACAAUUGUCUGUGCCACAUUGCUAGGUUAGUUCACAAUCUGAUCACUGUAGUAUCUGAAUUUUUGUUACUAAAAAGAAAAAAAAAAUGCUUUUGUAAACUAUUCAUCACUUUGACCAUGGUACUGCCAUACUGCUUUUUGGAAAACCUGCAAAAGUAACUCAGAGUUAUCUGCUGUGUGUAUUCAGAGGACAAAUGAUAAAUGAGCAGUUGUCCCUGUAGUUUGAAGAAGCACAGUUUGAUAUAUGUUGGCUAAUUUGUUAUGUAGCUUGUUGUAUAUGAUGCUGUCAGUUUUCUUUCUAAUGCUAGCCAAUAUUGUAAUAAUUAUUUUCUUGUGACAUUAUUGUAAUACAUACUGCUCUGUGUGCAGCAGAGAAGUAACAGUAUAUGAAUGCUCUGCACAAGUUAUAAGCCACAUGAUAUAUUGUCUUACAUUUUGUGUUGAACUGUUUGAUCUCUUCCCAUAGCAAAUUGUUAUUAAAUAAUAUCUACUUUGUUCCGCCUCUGAAGAGGGUAUAAAUGUAAAAUUGAGAAGACAGGUUUUAAUUUCUAUUAUAUUUAG